UGCAAAGCUCAGUGUUGAUACGCAGCAAUGGCGGCUUCCAACUUAAACGUGGAAAGUGUAAUAGGACUGUUAAAUGACCGUUUAACAAAACUGGGAUUUGAAGUGUACCCGUUAAAGAUUGGCUGGUAUAACUCUGUGCUGCCUCCCACUCUGCACCUGUCUUACCCCGAUGACACCCUGGCUGUGGUGGUCCUCAGCACUCCUGCCAUGUUUGAACAAGCCUUCCUGCCCUUCCUGGAGCAAAGGUGUUACCAGGGGCUUUCUGACCCCAUAGACCAGUGUGUUAAACAAUGCGUCACCUCUGCUGUCUCACAGUGUUUUCCAGGUCAGAAGGUGGAUGUGAGGUAUGACUAUGAGCUGCUGCCCAGCAGGAAACCCAAGUUCUUGGCCCAGACUGCAGCUCACGUAUCUGGAGCAGCUUUUUACUACCAAAAGGCCGAUGUCACAGACCAGCCCUGGGCUGAAAAAAAAAUGUUUGGAGUGUGUGUGCAUCCAAGGUUUGGUGGCUGGUUUGCCAUCAGAGCUCUGUUGCUGUUUGGAGAUAUCACGGCGGGCUUUGAGCUGGUGCAGCCUGUUCCUCCUGACAGUGUGCCGUCCAGAGAGGGCAGGAUAAAGCUGCUGGAGGCUUUUAACUUUCACUGGCAGGACUGGACUUACCGAGACAUUAUCAGCCCAGUCCAGACCUACUCUCAGAAACAGAGGGACUACUUCUCCACUCCCCCUGCUCAGCGUCUGACUCUGCUCAGGACUUGGGGCUAUCUGCCAAGUGACAGUGACCAACCUGAUCCCACCUUGGACACAGAGAGUCAAGAGACUGGACAUGGGUGAAUUAUGGAAGUACUGCCCAUCCUUUCUGAGUACAAACCUCUCCUGUUUUUCAACAAUUUUAGUUGGUCGAACAUUUUUUUAAAUUAAAAAAUGAGACCAAAGCUGUUCUUUUAAGCGUGAUUUUUUUUUUUUUUAACUGAAAGCUACUUUUCCAGUACUUGAAUACUUCAAUUCUGUGUUUUUUAAAGUUUAACACUACAGAAAGCUUCCUCACAGCACCCCUAUGCCUUCUGUUAUCAGAAAAUAGCUCAUAGUGUUGAGUGGACAUGUGUCCUCUUCAUCAAAAGAGAAGUUAGUUAGUUUAGUUUUUGUUGUAUCCUAUCAGAAUGUAGAUGUCCAAAUAGCAACAGGAAUAUUUUGUUUCACAUUUUGGAUUCGUGUUGGAUAUUCAAGAAGCCAUGUAUCACCACCACGUUUACAUUUGCAUGUACGUGCCGUCAUCACAAAAAAGAACACUCAUUUUUUGUUUUUCUUCACUACAUUUUUGUUUGAUUUUACAGCGAUGCUGUUGUGCUUGCCAACGAGGGUUUCUCCACCAAGUACUAAGUCAUGUUUUGCUUGGGAUCAAAUACUUAUUUCACUCCAUGACGUGCAAAUCAAUUCAUAACUUUUAUGUAAUGUGUUAUUUU